AUCCUUGGAGAAAAUGGGGGACAAUCAUUCCUGCAAAGUUACAUGAAAGUUUUACAACCCCCUCACAAGCUGAUUGAUUGCAAUUAAGAAGCAGAGGAAAGCAUGAGCUAACUUAGGUUGUAGGUUUGAACGGAUGGAACCAAGGAUAUUGGUGGAAGAGUGUGCCUUCGGAAAGGACAACCUGGAAGGAGACUUAAUUACAUAACCAUCGGAUAGUCCUUGGAGAAAGUUAAUUGGGAUGUCAUCCUGGGUGAAGCAACCGGUCAUCAUGAUAAAAGAGCACGGAACAUUACCCAUCUCGAUUUAGCGAAUAGAAGUUUAACUUUGGACCACCGAUGGGGAGAGUGGAAUCAUUCAAGUCCUGAAAGAAUAUAAGAAAUUAUAAUCUAAAUGUAGGACUGGGUGUUCUUGUGAGACCAAGCAGUGCACUUGAAAGGUCUGCCCUAUAUUAGAUGACCCCCACCGAUUGCUCAUCAAUUCCCUAGGCAUCGAGGGGCAACGGUUUUUCGGAAGUGCGACAGGUGAAUUCGGUCGAGGGGGGCAACUGAUUACCCCUAUGCUCCCCUACCUAACUCUUCAAGCUGCACCAUCUAACAAUAGAGUGGUAUGGAUAUGGAUAUCUAUGCAACCCCUGCCGGUGACAUUGACAACAACAUGGCGCACGAAUCGGGAGGAGUGCCUUUGAUGAAUGAACAAAACCAGAACAGCGACACCAACGGCGGACCUAAGUUUCAUCAAGCCAACAUGGUCAAGGACGUAGAGGAUCUCAAUCUAGCCAACAGAGAUCCCAUCAAUAUGACGUCACACGUCAGGAUUGGCUUUGAGGAGGUGUUUGCGGAACCUGACCAUCAGCAGAGCUUCGAUGCAGUCUGGACGACCAGCUUCAUUGUCUACACCCAAUCGAAGAUGUGGUGUUAUCGACUCCUGUCCGCAGCCUUAGCCAUUCCACUAGCUCUCAUUUGUGGAGUUCAACUAGCCUUCUUGACCUUCUGUCACAUCUGGUGGGUAGUACCGUGUUCAAGAGUAUGGAUCUUCAUCUUGAACUGGGUGGGAAGCCUAUGGGCAACCUGCAUCCGUGCCCUCUGUAAUCCCAUCACAGAAUCAUGCAGCAUGCUCCUAGGCAACGUCAAGGUACAGAUGCACACCCCGCAGCACGUAUAG